AUGGCACCUUCUCCGGCAGCAGGUAAGGCCACUGGUGGUGCGCCCAAGACUCCCACAAAGUUGGGCAGAAAGCCCCAGAGCCAAACUAGCCAACCCCCCAAACUCGGACAGCAAGCAGCUUCCGGCGCAAAAAAAGCAUCCGCCCCCGAGGGUGCCAAGCAGCCAGAAGUCCCUCAAGCUUCCGAGAAGCCUGAUGUUGGUGAUGUGCAACAAAAAGCCGGCGAUGCCGCGCAAGGUGCCCAGGAGAAGGCUGGCAAGACUGCUGAAGAUGCUAAGAGCAAGGCCGAGGGCGCUGCUGAAGAGCCCAGCAAGGUCGAGAUGAAGGACGACACCGAAGCCGCAUCCACCCAGGCUGGUGAUGAUGAGGACGAGGACGAUGACGAAGGCCCUCUGAGCAAGGUUUCCCAGGCUGGAGACAACGCCAAGGGCCAGCUCGAGGAGCAAGCUCCUCAACCAAUUGACGACUCUAAUGAUAACGACACUGCCGCUGGUGCUGAGGACACCGCUGAUGACGAUACCGAAGAUACUGAGGACACUGCCGACGACGACAAGACCGUAAAGGCCGGUGACGAAGCUGACGACAACGAAGACGAUGCCCAAGACACCACCAGCAAGGUGGCUGACGACGCUCAAAAGACCGGCAAGCAGACCGGCGGCAACCUGCUCAAGGGUGCCAAGGGUCUGGCUGGUAAGGCCUCUGGUCUUGCUGGCAAGGCCGCUCAGGACCCUAAGAAGGCUGCCAAGGAUGCCGGAAAGGACGUCCAAGAAACCGCGGGAGAUGUCAAGGACACCGCCGAGGACACUGCUGAAGACCUUGCCGAAGGUGCCCAGGAUACCGCCGAUGACGCUCAGAAGGUUGCAGGCGAGGCUACCGACGAGGCUGGCGAUGCCGCUGAAGACGUCAAGGACACUGCCGAAGGCACUGCUGAAGACGCCAAGAGCACCGUCGAGGACGCUGCUGGUGAGGCCACCGACAAGACUGGUGAGGUCGCCGAGGACGCUCAGGACACUGCUGGUGAUGCCGUCGACAAGGCCAAGGACACUGCCGAAGACGCCACCGCGGAUGCUAAGGCCACCGCCGAGGAUGCUCCUGAGCAAGUCAAGGGCACCGCUGAGGAUGCCACCGACAAGGCUGGUGAAGUUGCCGAGGACGCUGAAGAUGCCACCGGCGAUGUCGCCGAUCAGGCCAAGGACACUGCCGAGGAUGCAACCGACAAGGUAGACGAGACUGCCGAGGAUGCUGAAGACGCCGCCGAGGACAACGUUCCAGAGAUCAACGACAUCAGCGACCUCCCUGUCGACCUCUCCAUGCUCAAGGGCCUCGAGGUCUCAGAGGAUGGAAUGGUCUCUGACCAAGACGGCAACCCUGUCGGCAAGCUCGCUGAAGGUGAUGCCGAAGACCUCGCUGGUUACCCAAUUGGCGAUGAUGGUGAGAUCCUCGAUGACGACGGCGACCUUGUCGGACGUGUCGAGCUUCUCCCCGAGCAGGUCAAGAAGCAGAUGGCCGACCUGAAGAGCAAGGGUGAACUCCCCAAGGGUGCUGAGAAGUUCGUUGGCGAGCUUCCCGACACCGACGAUGUUGAGGAGAAGACCAACCUCAGUAUCUUCAAGGGUCUAACUUGCGACCCUACUGGUAACAUCUUCAACGAGGAUGGUGACACCAUUGGGCAAGUCACUGAUGGUGACCCGCAAGAGCUCAUGAACCACACCUUGAACGAGUACGGCGAGUUCGUCGACGAUGACGGCAACGUUAUUGGUCAUGCCGACAUUCACCCCGAUGCACCCGAGGACAUCUAUGACCAGAUCCAGAACGCUGCCGAUGAUGCUCAGGAUGCUGCCGACGACGCUCAAGACAAUGCCGACGACACCGUCAAGGCCGCCGACAAGGUUGAUGAAGCUGCCGACAACGUCGACGAUGCUGCAGAUGAUGUCAAGGAUGCUGCUCAAGACAUUGAAGAUGAGCUUCCUGGCAUCGAGGCUCUGCAAGGCAGAGAGCUCAACGAGGCUGGCGAGGUCGUCGAUGACCAAGGCGAGAUCCUCGGUCAGAUCGACAGCGAGUCUCUCAAGGACAAGCUCGAGUCUGGCGAGAUCAAGGCCGAGGAUCUCAAGAUCAACGAGGGUGGCGAGGUUGUCGACGCUGACGACAACGUUCUCGGUAAGGUCGGCCUUGCUGAGGGCGCCGCCGAGAAGCUCGGUGGCCGCCUGCCUCCUCUUGACCUUCGUAUUCUUGAUGGCAGAAAAGUCAACAAAAAGGGCAAGGUUCUCGACGACGAAGGUGAUGAGAUCGGUGAACUUGCUGAAGGCGACCCCAUAGAGUGCGCUGGCAAGAAGGUCAACGAUCGCGGUGAGGUUCUUGACCAGAAUGGCAAGGUCAUUGGCAAGGUCUCCGUCACCCCUGGUGAGGCUGCUGAGACCGCCACCAAGGAGCUCCAGGCCGAGCUCGGUGAGAAUGUUCCUGACGAGGAGGAGGGUGAGGAUGAGGAGCAAGCCGAUGAGGAGGAAGAGCUUCAAGGUCCUCAGUUCAAGAUUCCCGACCUCGAUGUCCUCGAAGGUCUCAAGGUCAACAAGAAGGGCAAGAUCCUCAACGAAGACGGUGAGGAGAUUGGCGAGCUUACGUCUGGUGAGCUUAGCGAAUGCGCUGGCAAGAAGGUCAACGAUAAGGGUGAGGUCCUCGACGAAGAAGGCAACACCAUUGGCCGCGUCAAGGCUCUGCCCCAAGAGAUCCCUCAGGAGGAGCUCGAUGAGGCCGAAGAAGCUGCCGACAAGGCUGAAGAUGCACAAGACGCCGCAGAAGAUGCCGCUGAGGGUGCUGAGGAUGCCGAAGAAGGCGCUCAGGCUGCCGAGGAUGGCGCCGAAGACGCUGAGGAAGGCGCUGAGGACGCUGUUGAAGAUGCCGAGUCCAACCUCCCUCCCCUUUCCGUCCUUGACGGUCUGACUGUCAACAAGGCCGGCAAGAUCGUCGACUCAAACGGUACCAUCGUUGGUGAGCUCACCGAAGGUGAUGCCAAGAAGCUUUCCAAGUCUGGAGUCAAGUCAGACGACCAAGGUCAGUUCUGGGACAACAAGGGCCAUGUCAUCGGUCGUGCCAAGACUGUCCCUGUCGAGGAAGACGAGGAGUCUCCUUUCGCUGGUCUCGAAGGCUUGAUCGUCGUCAAGGACGGUUGGGUCGAGGACGAGAACGGCAACCGCGUCGGUCAACUCACCGAGGGCGACGCCAAGAAGCUUGUUGGUCGCGCUGUCGAUGAGGAUGGCGACAUUCUCGACAAGAAGGGUUCCGUUGUCGGCCAUGCCGAGCGUUACGAGGAUCCCGACCAAGAGCCCGAAGCUGAGGAGGAGCCCGUCGAUCUCUCCAGCCUCAACGGCAAGACCUUGAACAAGGCAGGCUUUGUCAUUGGCGACGAGGGUGUACCCGUUGCUCGUUUAGUCGAGGGUAAGGCCAAGGAACUUGCUGGCAAGAAGCUCGACGACCAAGGUCAGAUCUGGAAUGACCAGGGCAAGGUCAUCGGCCGCGUCGAGAUGAUCCCCGAGGACGAGCGUGAGGCCAAGCCUGACGGUCCUUUCGCUGGUCUCCAAGGUCUUCGCGUUGUCGCUGACGGCAAGGUCGCCGACGAGGACGAGAACAUCGUUGGUGAGAUCGUUGAGGGUAACGCUAAGCGCCUGAUCGGUCUUGCUGUCGAUGAGGACGGCGAUGUCAUGGACAGAUAUGGCAACGUCAAGGGCCAUGCCGAACCUCUUGAAGAAGAGGAAGAGGAAGGUCCCGUCGACAACUCUCUUCUCGAUGGCAAGAAGCUCAACAAGAGCGGCUUUGUCGUUGAUGACAAGGGUAUCCCUGUUGGCAAGCUUAUUGAUGGCAACGUCAAGGAGUUGGCUGGUCGUCCCUGCGAUGAGAACGGUGAUAUCCACAGCGACACUGGAAAGGUCAUUGGUCACUGUGAGGUUCUCCCUGAAAACGAGCGUCUGUCCAAAGCUGAGGGACCUUUUGCUGGCCGUGAAGGUCUUCGUGUCAACAAGGAAGGUUACGUUGUUGAUGCUGAGGAUAAUAUUGUUGGCAAGGUCACUGAAGGUGAAUGGAAGAAGCUUGUUGGCCUUACUGUUGAUGAGGACGGUGACAUCAAUGACAAGUACGGCAACGCAAAGGGUCACGCUGAGCCUUACGAAGAGGAGGAAGCCGGCCCUGUCGACAACUCCAUCCUUGAUGGCAAGAAGCUGAACAAGCAAGGAUUCGUCGUCAAUGAAGACGGCAUUCCUCUUGGUAAGCUUGUUGAAGGCAAUAUCAAGGAGCUUGCUGGUCGUCGCUGCGAUGAAGAAGGCAAGAUCCACGGUGAUACCGGCAAGGUUGUCGGACGCUGUGAGGUUCUUCCUGAGAACGAGCGCGUUGCCAGACCUGAGGGUCCCUUUGCCGGACUUGAGGGCCUCCACGUCAACAAGGAGGGUUAUGUUGAGAACGCCGAGGGUGACCGUGUCGGUAUCAUCACUGAAGGUGACGUCAAGCGUCUCGUAGGCUUGACUGUCGAUGAAGACGGUGAUAUCAGCGACAAGUACGGAAACACCAAGGGUCACGCCGAGCCUUACGAGGAAGAGCCUGAGGAAGAGCAGACUCCUGAAGACCUCUCCGCCCUUGCUGGAUGCACUGUCAACAAGGCUGGUAACGUUGUCGACUCUUCUGGCACCAUCAUCGGUCGUGUCGCCGAGGGUGACCCGUCUACCAUGGUUGGCAAGAAGGUUGAUGGCCAGGGUCAAAUCUGGGACAACGCUGGAAAUGUCAUUGGUAAGGCUGAACUCGCAAAGGGUGCCGACACCAAGGCCGAAGGACCUUUCGCCGGCUUCGAUAGCAUCACCAUCAACAAGGAGGGUUACGUUGUUACCCCUGAUGGCAGCAUCGUCGGCCGCGUCACCGAAGGCGAUGUCAAGAAGCUUGUCGCUCACAAGGUCGAUGAAGACGGUGAGAUCCAGGACAAGAACGGCAACCUCAUCGGUAAGGCUGAGAGAUGGGAGCCUGAAGAGAAGGAGAGAAAGAUCAACCCCAUGUCUGGCCGCCGUGUCAACAAGGAGGGUGAAGUCCGUGACGAGAACGGAGAUGUCAUGGGCAGACUCACCACUGGCGAUCUCGGUCACUGCGUCGGCCUUGAAGUUGAUGACAACGGUUACGUUGUUGACAAUGACGGCAACAAGGUCGGUGAGGUUACUCUCAUCCAGAACAUCAUUGAAGAUGAGGAGAUCCCUGAAGAGGAGCUCACCGAGGAAGAGAAGGAGGAGCGCAAGAAGAAGGAGCAAGACCGUGAGAUUGCUGAGAAGAUGGGUGCCAUCUGUACUCAGACUCUCGAGAGAGUCCAGCCCGUCUGCAAGCAGAUCACCGACCACAUCGAAGCCGCCGACCGUACCCCACGUGAAGAGUUGGAUGAGGAAGAUUUGGUCAACAAGGUCCAGCCUCUUAUCGAAGAGGGUGGUCGCAUCUUGCAAGAGUGCAAUGGCUCGCUGCGCGGUCUCGACCCCGACGGUCGCAUCGCUGCUCAAGCCAAGGGCCGCGCCGGCACCAAGGAGGCCACACCCGAGGAGUACCGUCUCGCAGAUACCCUCAAGGAGUUGACCACCACUGUCACAACCACCAUCGACAACGCAAAGAAGCGUAUCAACGACAUGCCUCACGCCAAGAAGAAGCUGAACCCUCUCUGGGGUCUCAUGACACAGCCUCUUUUCCAGAUUCUUGCUGCCGUCGGUCUCUUGCUGACUGGUGUCUUGGGUCUGGUUGGCCAGCUGCUUAACGGCCUUGGACUCGGUGGUCUUGUCAAUGGUCUGCUCGGCGGUCUGGGUAUCGACAAGCUGCUCGGUGGACUUGGUCUCGGUAGCGUCGCCAGCUCUCUCGGCCUGGGCGGCAAGAAGGACAAGAAGAAGUCAGGUGGUGGCGCAUCCUCUUUGCCCCUCGUCGGCGGUAUGUUCAAGAAGUAA